AUGUCGACUCUCAAACCAAUAAUCACGGUCUGUGGAACUACCGGUGUUGGAAAGUCCAAACUAGCCAUCGAGCUGGCUCUGAAGCUUGCUCAAGGAACACAUGGGUGGCAAGGCGCGAGGAUCAUCAACGCUGACUCCAUGCAAGUAUACACCGGAAUGGAUGUAAUUACAAACAAAGUCCCAGUCGCGGAAAGAAUGGAAGUCGAGCACCUUCUCAUGGACUUCAAGCAGCCCGGGGAGCAGUACGUAGUGGGCCAAUGGGUGCAAGACGCUAUCAAGGCGAUCGACGAGACUCAUCGUAUGGAUAAGAUUCCGAUCAUUGUCGGUGGCACAUCCUAUUGGAUCCAACAUCUUAUAUUUCCAAAUCGGUUACCCACGGCAGCGCAAUCAAUAUCGGAUUCCGUUGCGCAAUCCAUCGCCAAUCUAUCUCCCGAACUCCUUGAGUUAUUCAAUGCUCUUCCAGAGCAGUCUCCAUCUGCAGCAUCUCACCCUGAGGAUGCACUGAUGCUUCACAAACUUCUUACUGCGCUUGACGAACCGGUUGCUCAGCGAUGGCACUGGAGAGAUACACGCAAAGUCAUGGGAAGCCUUCGUGUAAUCAAAGACACUGGGAAGGCCCCUAGCGAAAUUAUUCUCGAACAGUCUAAAAUAGCGUUGGUUCCAAGGUAUCGAACUCUUUGUUUCUGGCUAUAUGCCGAGCCUUCUAUCUUGAAUGAGCGCUUGGAUGAAAGGGUAGAUGUUAUGAUCAAGGAAGGGCUGUUGGAUGAAAUCAAAGCACUCCGAGCGAUCGCUUCCUCUUCCCCAUGCAGUUCGUCUGAUGCGGUCGUCACGGAGCCAUCCGACGAAUCAGCUGUGCAGCAGACUGAUUAUACUGUCGGUAUCUAUCAGUCUAUCGGAUACAAAGAGUUUCAUGACUAUUUCGCUUCUCCAGAGCACUCCGGGAAGCUUUUUGCGUCCGCUGUGGAGCAAAUGAAGUAUGGAACAAGGCAGUAUGCGAAGCGUCAGAUACGGUGGUUAAAGAACAAACUUCUUCCUGCUAUCUAUAACGCGAAUAGCGGUACGGAUUAUGCAUCAGCCCUCCUCCCGGUUUACCUUUUAGAUGCCACUGAACUCGGUGACCAAUGGACAUCUUGUGUUCUCAACCAAGGUGAACAUAUUAUGGAUGCUUUCCUUGGCAAUGGAACAUUGCCUGAUCCUCUAUCAUUGUCUGAAAGGGCACGAGAGAUGCUGACGAUCGACGUCAAGCCUACAAGUCCUACAGAAGUAUUGCGCGCACGCAAGAAGGUCGUAUGCCCUGCGUGCACCCUUGAUCCGUCACAGCCCUUCAUGGUUGAAGAUGGCUCUCAGUGGGAGGCCCAUCGACGCUCCCGUGCUCAUAGAAAACAUGCCGCGAGAGAUAAGAAAAUGCAUGGACGACCGGUUAAACGGCGCGCUACCGUCCUCAGCAAAGUUGACGCUGAAGAUCAACAAGAUCAGCCUCGUUCUGUCAUUUAG